AUGUCAGUUCCAAAGACUCAAAUGGCUAUUGUCUUCGAUGAAGAUAAAGGACCUUUAAAUUACAGAGAAAUUGCUGUUCCAACUCCAAAACCAAAUGAACUUUUAAUUAAUGUUAAAUAUUCCGGGGUUUGUCAUACUGAUAUCCAUGUUCAUGCUGCUGAUUGGCCAGUUAAAAACAAAUUACCAUUAGUUGGUGGUCAUGAAGGUGCCGGUGUCGUUGUUGGUAUGGGUGAAAAUGUUGUUGGUUGGAAAGUUGGUGAUUUAGCUGGUAUUAAAUGGUUAAAUGGUUCAUGUUUAUCUUGUGAAUUCUGUUACAAUUCGAAUGAAUCAAAUUGUGCUCAAGCUGAUUUAUCUGGUUGUACUCAUGAUGGUUCUUUCCAACAAUACGCUACUGCUGAUGCCGUUCAAGCUGCUAGAAUUCCAAAAGGUACUGAUUUAGCUCAAGUUGCUCCAAUCUUAUGUGCUGGUAUCACUGUUUACAAAGCUUUAAAGACUGCUGGUUUAAAAGCUGGUGAAUGGGUCGCCAUUUCUGGUGCUGCUGGUGGUUUAGGUUCAUUAGCUAUCCAAUAUGCUAAAGCUAUGGGUUACAGAGUUUUAGCCAUCGAUGGUGGUGAAGAAAAAGGUGAAUUCUGUAAAUCUUUAGGUGCUGAAUACUUCGCUGAUUUCACCAAAUCAAAAGAUUUAGUUGAAGAAAUCAAAACUGCCACUGAAGGUGGUCCACAUGGUGCUAUCAAUGUUUCAGUUUCUGAAUUCGCUAUUCGUCAAUCUUGUGAAUACGUCAGAUCUUGUGGUACCGUUGUUUUAGUUGGUUUACCAGCUGAAGCUAAAGUUGUUGCUCCAGUUUUUGAUGCUGUUGUCAAAUCUAUUUCUAUUAAAGGUUCUUAUGUUGGUAACAGAGCUGAUUCUGCCGAAGCUAUUGAUUUCUUUGCCAGAGGUUUAGUUAAAUGUCCAAUUAAGAUUGUUGGUUUAUCUGAAUUACCAAAAGUUUUCGAAUUAUUAAAAGCUGGUCAAGUUUUAGGUAGAUACGUUGUUGAUACUUCAAAAUAA